AAGAACAACAUUUCAUCUUUUUGAAUUUUAUCUCUCUCUAACUAUCUCCAUGUUAGCUAGCCACUCUUUCUUGUUUGGUGCUCCUUCUAAUUGUUCUGAUCAAUUUUCUUCACCAGAAAAUGGUUUUAUUAUCAAAAGAAAAAGAAGACCUGCUGGAACUCCAGAAUAAAAGCAACGCGGAAGUGAUAACGAGGAAAAGUUGAGCAAAACAAAGGGAAAAUGAACUUCGACAGUACCGUCGACAGAACGUCGGCCUAAACCAUUGAACAGAACCAGAGGGGCACAUCACUGGAACCAAGCGACGGUAUGAUCCGACGGAACGUCGGACUAUCGACGAACCGUCGGACCAUCGAGAAUCACCGUCGAUUGAAAGGGAGAAACCCAAACACUAGAAAAGUAUGAUGGUAUCGUCCGACGGAAUGUCAGACCUUCGAUGGACCGUCGGGCUUGAUCGUCGGACAGCAGCAGUAACUAAUACCACUGGAAGACAGCGACAGCAUAUGUGACGGCACCGUCGGACCUUCGACGCACCGUCGAAUUACCGUCGGAUUUGACGCGGCAAAAGUUAUGUUGAAUUUUGGAGCCUUGACUUUUGGAGAUGCUAUAAAUACUAAGUGCUAGGGUUUAGUAGGCAUCCAUGCUCAGACACAUUCAAUUCUUAGCUUCUCUCUUGGUUUAGUUUUUCGUCAUUCUCACCUACUCUUUGACUUUUGUUUUUGGGGAGUUAGAUCUGAGAUCUACAUUUUUUCAGAUCUAACUUUCAUCUUUCAUUAUUCAUCAAGACUUCAACGUUGUAGAGCUUAUUGGUACCAUAGUUCCUAUUGGGAAACUAAGCAUUAGCUUGUGAAUCCAAAAACGUCAAUUCCAUUGAAGUCCCAAGAACUCAUUGUUGUAAGUGUUGUAUGUGAUAUUGCAUUAUUUAUGAGCAAUACAAUGAUAUCUUCUGUUUCUUCUAAGGAAAUGAGUAACUAAGCUUCCAUAACUGGAGUUAUGGAAGCCUUGAUGUAAGAAACUAGUUUUGGGUUGUGGAUCGAGGUAAGUUUCAUGAAUACUUGAUGUUGAAUAAACCUUUCUUCGUUUUUAGUGGUUUUUCAUGAUUGCAAAUUAGGCGAAGUCAGCACUAUAACACCACAUGUGUUAUUGAGUUCCUUCAAUGAAGCAAAUUACUUGUCGAGAGGAAGGUCACCACAUGCGCUGUCGGGUUACUUUAAUGAAGCAAUCACUUGUCCGAAAGGAAGGUGAUUUUUGAGCAAUGUAACGACUUCUCUUGUUUGUAACUAGAAGAAUCAGCACUAUAACAUCACAUACCCAAAGGGAUGGUGUUGUUGGGUUAUCUCAGUGAAGCAAUCACUUGUCCGAAAGGAAGGUGAUUGUCAAGUAAUGUAAUGAUUCUUCUUGUUCAUGACUUGAAAGGCAAACCCUUGGGUGUACUCUAGAAGGGUCAGCACUAGAACAACACUUUUCUGAAAGAAAGGUGUUGUUAAGUUACUUCGAUGAACCAAUCACUUGUCCGAAAGGAAGGUGAUUGUGGAGAACUGUAACAACCUAUCUUGAGUGUGACAGGGUAAGCCCACAGGCAACACUUGUUCGGGAGGAAAGUAUAUGCUGAGAACAUAAAAGUUCCUCUGGACUCUUAAAGACGUUACUCCUUUAAGUUUAAGGGCGAAUACGUUGACCAGAUUUGCUUACACGAGUACAUUACUUUCCCAAGAAGAAAGUGGAUGGGCAGAAAAGAAAGAGUUUACGUGGACUCUAAAGCUUCUAACCUUUAUCUUAAGGGCGAAUACCUUAACCAGAUCUGCCUACAUGGGGAAACAAUUGAAUAACCAAUGCGUUCUUUAAGUUCAAAAGAAGUAAAGGACAGGAUACCUACUGAGGUUGAAAGACGAAUGGGUAAAUAAUCAGAUUCAAUUAUCCUUGCAACUUAAGUGACAAAUUGAACUAUACCAAGAUCUACAUCCCUAGCAGUUUACAUAUUUUGGUAACCAUAACUCCGGUUUGUUCAAUACCUUGCAGUUUUACUUGAGGAUAGAGUUUUCAGUUUGAAUUCCUUCAUUUACCGAAUAUUAGAUUUUAUGUUAUAAUAUCCAAACCCCCCAUUAAUUGGAAACGAUUAACUAUCAGUCUAUUAUAUCUCAAAUAACUUAUAUUUACACCUUAUUCCCUGUGGGAUUCGAUCCCAACCUAGUUGGAUUCUAUAUUUGGCAGCGACCGCUUACAUUCUCAUAAGAGUGGUGUAAUUUGGACAUAUCAAAUUUUGGCGCCGUUGCCGGGGAAUACGGUUGUCGAUUGAGUUUAUUUGUGAUAAUUGACUGGUUAGUUAAGUUUUCGAAUUUUAUGUUUGUCUGUUGUUUUUGUUAGUUACAGGUAUAGUGGUUGAUGCCACAACCCAGAAGUUCGGGAGAACCAUUAUUACCUUUUAAUCCAAAACCCUAAUUGAUCGGUAGAAUGCCUGCCAACCUACAAAAAGCUGAUGGAUUAGCCGCCUUGGCUAAUGCAGAAUUGCACCAGCAAAAUGCAAAUAAUGUAAACCACAGAGUGGUCCUAGACGAUGAGGAUCUAGGUGAUGAUGAGCUGCUGAACCCAAUGAAUCAACGACGAGAUCGACGCUAUGUCUGGUCCAGCAAACAGGUAUGUCAAUAGAAACCGUUGUGGAUGGGUGAGACCAGAACGUCAAGCAGUGCAACUGGAUCUUGAUGAUGAUGACGAUGAUCUGGACGGAGUAGGAGCAACCGAAGCUAUCAUUCCUCCACCUUUAGCACCUGGAUCAAAGUUCAACAUCACGAGUACCAUGAUCCAGUUAUUACAUCUCAAGGGAUUAUUUGGUGGUUUGGCAAGAGAUGAUACGAAUAUGCACUUGAUAAACUUUGUCUCAACAUGCAAAUCAUUUGACAAUACUGGAGUUGGUCAGAAUGCUAUCCGAUUGUGGCUAUUUUCAUUAUCAUUGUCUGGAAAAGAAACUCUAUGGUUGAAUGCGUUAACCCCAGGUUCCAUUACACAUUGGAAUCAAUUGAAAGAUGCAUUCCUUGAGAGAUUCUUUCCACCAUCAAAGCGAGCACAACUGAGCAAUGAAAUCAGUAACUUCAGACAGCUUUCUACUGAAGCGUUCCAUGAAACUUGGGAGAGGCUAAAGAAGAAGCUUAGGCAGUGCCCUAAUCAUCAUAUGACUAACAUUCAUCUAAUGGAGAUAUUGUAUCGAGCCUUUAAUUCACUGGCGAAGCAAGUUGUAGAUAAUGCAGUAGGCGGAUCGUUCAUGGCUCUUACUUAUCCAGACGCAGCUGAAAUACUCGAUCGUAUGAUGAAGAAAAGUAGAGCAUGACACACCAGAGAGUUAGAAGUUGUAAGCCUCACUAUGUCUUUGGGAUUGACAGCUGAACAAAGGCAGAGAGAAGAAAAACAUGAGAAAGACAUGGCUCACCUAAAAAUGCAGAUAGAUCGGCUAACCAAACAUUUACUAUCCAGUAAAAUGGAGAAAGUAAAAGCAGUUGGUGCCCAUGGACGAGAUGAAUCUGAAGACGAAGAGGAAGUAUAUUAUGUCUAUAACCAGGGGGUUUCCGAGGCAGUGUCUAAGAAAACUAAGGUGGGAACUUCUACGAAGGAGGCCAAGAAAAUCAAGGGCGAAAUUACUAUGAGAAAUUAGGCUAUAGGGAGUGCGACCAGGAUAAUUCGAAGAACAAAGGUGACAAAAGUGGUUUGUACAUCCCUCCUGGAAACCGUGAAGCUACUACAACCAGUUCAGGGAAGAUGUCUAUGGAGGACUUGUAUGCUUAAUUGGUGAAGAAUCAAGACGCACAGACGGCCAAAAUGAUGAAAAGCCAAGAAGCACAAGCAGCCAAAAUAAGGGAAAUAAGAUGAGAUGUGUCCGCAAUGGAUCAAACACUUGGUGCACAUUCGUCCUCAAUCAAACAAUAGGAGCAAAAAAUGACCCAAUUAUCUGUCUUAGCAAGCUGCACCUUUCGAGCAAUAAAAUACAAAAUCCUCGAAAUGACGGUGCUUGUAUGGCGAUUACCACCCGGAGUACCAGGCCCUUCCGUGAGAAAAAAUAUUAUUGAAGAGGGAUCAAAGGAAGGUGGCAAAGAUGAAGAAAGUUGCCCAGCAGAAUCAGGACAUCUGGAAAGAAAUGAAACUCCCUCCAGCAGGCAAUCAAUUGAAAAAAUAGAGAAAGGAAAGCAGAAGGAAAAGGAUGUAGUGCUUACUCCUAAUCCCAGACCACCACUUCCUUUGCCCUACAGGUUGAAAAAAAAGGCCGAUGAUACAAAGUUCAUCAACUUCAUGGCAAUGCUCAAACAGUUAACAAUAAAUUUUCCAUUAGUGGAAGCAUUGGAUAAGAUGCCCGGGUAUGUUAAAUUUAUAAAAGACCUGGUCAAUAAAAAGCAAGUAGUCAGCCAGGAGUUAGAAGAUAUUCUUCAUCACUAUGGAUCUAUGUCCACAAGGUCUUUGGUACAAAAGAAAGCUAACCCCGGAGCAUUCACCAUCCUAUGCACGAUUGGGUCCUUUGAGUUUGCUAAGGUGUUAUGCGAUUUAGGAGAAAGCAUCAAUUUGAUGUCACUAGCGAUCUAUAGAAGUUGGGUUUGGGUAAUACCACGCCCACGAACUUGAGAUUAGUGAUGGCCGAUAUAUCAGUCAAGCGACCUGUGGGUGUGCUAUAUGACGUGCUUGUCAAAGUGGGGAACUUCAUCUUUCCUACAGAUUUUGUUAUCUUGGACUGCGAAGUAGACUUUGAGGAACCCAUAAUCUUGGGUCGACCCUUCCUUGCCACAGGAAGCGUGCUCAUUGAUCUGCGAUCUAACUAAUUGCUAUUCAGAUUGAAUGAUGAGGUUGUCAAGUUUGAUGUCUGCCAGUCCUUGAAACAACCUGAAGAGAUGAGUGUGCUAUCUAUUGUGGAUGUAUACUAUGAAGAUGAUGGAGAAGUUGCAAUACUAGAGAAAGAUGUUGUUGAACCUCUAGCAGCGGUUCUAAUAAAUUUCAACAGUGAAGGUAUUGAAGAGUAUGAAGAGAUCAUUUACGCAUUAAAUGGUAUGGGGUCAUAAUAUGCACCUAAAAGCUAGAUUUAGAUCUGAAGAACAGGCCAACACCACCAGCUAAGCCAUCCAUUGAAGAACCACCAGAGUUGGAAUUGAAGGAGCUACCUAGCCAUUUGAAGUAUGUGUUCCUUGGCAAUGGGAACACAUUAUCUGUUAUAAUUGCAGCUGAUUUGAGUGAGCAACAAGUGCAAGCACUUGUUUCCAUGUUGCAGCAUUACAAAAGGGCAAUCGAUUGGACCAUCGUAGACAUUGUUGGCAUUCCUUCUGGUAUUUGUAUGCAUAAAAUUCAGUUGGAGGAAAAUUGCAAACCAACUAUUAAGCAUCAGCGGAGACUAAACCCACCUAUGCAAGAGGUGGUGAAGAAGGAGAUAAUGAAAUGGCUUGAUGCAGGAAUGGUGAACCCAAUCUCUAAUAGCAAGUGGGUGAGUCCCGUAUAAUGCGUGCCCAAGAAGGGAGGUAUGACAGUGAUUGCCAAUGAAAACAAUGAGUUAGUCCCACUCCGACCAGUCACUGGGUGGAGAUUUUGUAUGGACUACUGAAAAUUAAACUCUUGGACGCUGAAGGAUCACUUUCCAAUACCCUUCAUCGACCAAAUGCUGGAUCGCUUAGUAGGAAGGGGUGGGUAUUGCUUUCUAGAUGGAUAUUCAGGAUACAAUCAGAUUUUAAUCACUCCUGAAGAUCAGGAGAAAACAAUAUUUACAUGUCCAUAUGGUACAUUUGCAUUUAAGCAGGUGCCAUUUGGCCUAUGUAAUGUGCCGGCCACUUUCCAAAGAUGUAUGAUGUCCAUAUUUUCAGUCAUGGUUGAAGAUACUUUGAAAGUAUUUAUGGAUGACUUCUUGGUGGUCGGAGAUUCAUUUGAGCUGUGUUUGACGAAUCUCAGCAAAGCCUUACUAUGAUGUGAAGAAGUUAACCUCGUACUCAAUUGGGAAAAAUGUCACUUCAUGCUGAAGGAAGGUAUUGUUCUAGGGCACAGAAUUUCAGCAAAAGGAACUAAAGUUGUGACAGAGCAAAGGUAGAAGUGAUUGAGAAAUUACCCCUUCCUAUCACCGUGAAAGGAGUUCGUAGUUUCUUGGAUCAUGCUGGAUUUUACCGCAGAUUUAUUAAAGACUUCUACAAAAUUGCAAGUCCACUAUGCAAACUUCUGGCGAAGAAAGCUUAGUUUGUAUUUGAUGAAGAGUGUAGGAAGGCAUUUCAAUGCCUUAAGGAGAAGCUUAUUGCAGCCCCCGUGAUUGUCGUACUUGAUUGAUCAAUGCCCUUUGAAAUUAUGUGUGACGAGUUGCGCUUGGUGUUGUACUUGGUCAAAAGCAAACAAUACUGGUCUUAAACUGUACACUAGUUCCAUGCAGAAUUACCUAUAUUACCUAAAACAUGUGAUCAACUAUUAGAAAUUCUGUAAGAGGCAUUGUACUGCAAACUGAAAUCUCAAAAAACAUGUGAUGCAUAUCUGAAAGAUCUAUAAAGUAAGGUUGUCUCAGUUGC